GGCGCGCAAGCCGAAGAGGGCUGACGUUGGACAACAAAGAUGGCGGCAGCGGGAGGGAGCAGCGGCAGCAACUACUGGGAGGAUCUACGGAAGCAGGCUCGGCAGCUCGAGAAUGAGCUGGAUCUCAAACUCGUGUCCUUCAGCAAACUAUGCACCAGCUACAGCCACAGCAACAACCGAGAGGGAAGAGCCGACAGAUAUAGCUCUGACACAACUCCUCUCCUGAAUGGUUCAAGCCAAGACCGAAUGUUUGAAACAAUGGCUGUGGAAAUUGAACAGCUCCUGGGGAAGCUUACAGGGAUAAAUGACAAAAUGGCCGAGUAUGCCAACAGUGCAGGAGUGCCAUCCCUGAACGCAGCUCUGAUGCAUACCUUGCAGCGGCACAGAGACAUCUUGCAGGAUUACACACAUGAAUUCCAUAAAACCAAAGCAAACUUCCUGGCAGUACGGGAAAAAGAGAAUCUUUUGGGGUCGGUCCGGAAAGAUAUCGAGUCAUACAAAAGUGGGUGUGGCGUGAACAACCGGCGGACGGAGCUGUUCCUGAAGGAGCACGAACACCUUCGGAACUCCGACCGGCUGAUAGAAGAGACAAUAAGCAUUGCCAUGGCGACGAAAGAAAACAUGACCUCACAGCGAGGGAUGCUGAAGUCCAUACAAAGCAAAAUGAACACCUUGGCCAAUCGUUUUCCAGCUGUGAACAGCCUGAUCCAGCGAAUCAACCUACGCAAGCGGCGAGACUCUCUCAUCCUGGGCGGCGUCAUCGGCAUUUGCACCAUCUUGUUGCUGCUGUACGCGUUCCAUUGACAGACGCCUUCCGUAGAGACUGCUGCGCCUGGGUUCUGCAUCCUGGUCCAGGAGGCGAGGGGCAGGCAAAGACUGCGGAGCGGCUG